UAUGAUGGUACUUUUUAAUAAUCCUAUUAAGACGUCUGAUUCAGGAAAAAAGUCCACAAGCCUUGUCUGAUCUUGUGAAUGAAUUAUUUAGUCUAUGGAUAAAAACAACAGUGUGAUAUUGGAUAUUAGUAGUCGUUUCAGGCGGGCGGACGCUCGCUCUCUGUCCACUGGUGUUGGGGCGGACCUGCCGUGCUCAAUUUUUUUAACUCCAGACUUUCUUGGGGGCGCCCCUUGAUAUAAUGGUAGGGGAAACACUGAAGUAUAUCAGCAAACCAAGUUAUCUUUUGUGAGAUGCAAGGUUUUGGUUGUAAUAUACCAAAAUAAAUACAAUACAAGGACCUUUUCACAUGAAAGUUAAUAUCGGUAUGCCCCAUAUCCUUCUACCAACAUAUGUAUUGUAUAUGUAACAUGCUUUUCAACUAUUUUAAGUCUCAUAUGAAUCAUCUUUCAACAUAUCACGAAAGCUGUUAAGAGCUUUGUUCCAGUUACCUAAAUGUGAACCGUGUGUUUUCUGUAUUUUUUUUGGACUGAAGUGUUCAUUUCUAGCCUACUGUUGUUGCUGCUUUUGCAUAUCUAGGGUGUGGUAAGUAAAUAUUAUGUCAGAUGUCAGAACUGUAAGCUGUACAGCUUUUAGUUGUGGGUCUCAGUGAAGUAAUAGCACUUUGGUUAUUUUACAGAAAUGCUCAUAGGAUUGGACAGGAGCUUGAAGGCUAACAGCAAGGAACUGUGCACUCUGGAGACUCAGAUGUAGUUUUUUUUCUCUAUUUAUUCCAUUCUUUCCACAUGUCUUUUUAUGUAGAUGCUAUGUAUUCACAUGAUCUAGCUUAGAUGAACAAUUCCCAGCACACAAUGUAUUCCUCUAAAUCUAUGUUUAAAUUGUCUCAUUUUGAUUUGCACAGUGUUGUUUGUAGUGAAAUGAUCCUCUUCCAAAAUUUCUGAAAAUGUCAAUUUCUCAAAAUUUGCAGCUCCCCAAACUCCGUACUCCAUAGUGGUGGUAAAGAAUUGACACGGGAAAAAAAAGAAAUCUGUUAACAGGCCAUGGACGCCCGUGUUGUGAAGGACUUGACGACAGGCAAAUCAAAGGGGUAUGGAUUUGUGUCCUUCUACAACAAACUGGAUGCAGAGAAUUCCAUCAUCAACAUGGGGGGGCAGUGGCUUGGAGGACGCCAAAUCAGGACGAACUGGGCAACACGUAAACCACCAGCUCCAAAGAGUGUCCAGGACAACGGCUCAAAGCAGCUGAGGUUCGAUGACGUACUGACUCAGUCCAGUCCACAGAACUCUACUGUGUACUGCGGCGGUAUCCAGUCAGGAUUAUCAGAACACCUAAUGCGCCAGACCUUCUCCCCUUUUGGCCAAAUAAUGGAAAUCAGAGUUUUCCCUGAGAAAGGAUACUCUUUCAUCAGGUUUUCCUCUCAUGACAGUGCUGCCCAUGCCAUUGUUUCUGUAAAUGGCACAGCCAUCGAAGGACACAUAGUGAAGUGCUUCUGGGGCAAAGAAUCUCCUGACGUAGCCAAGACUCCACCGCAGGUUGAGUACGGUCAGUGGGGGCAGUGGAAUCAGCUCUAUGGGAAUCAGCAGCACCAACAACAACAACAACAGCAGCAGCAACAACAACAACAACAGCAGCAGCAACAGCAACAUCAGCAGCAGUAUGGGCAGUAUGUGGCGAAUGGAUGGCAAGUUCCCUCCUACAGCAUGUACGGACAGACGUGGAACCAGCAAGGAUUUGGAGUAGAGCAGUCCCAGUCCCCAGCCUGGGUGGAAGGCUUUGGAUCUCAGUCGGGCCAGGCUGCAGCCUCCCCCGGUCAGGUUAUGUCCAACCUGGCCAACUUUAGUAUGGCUGGCUACCAAACACAGUGAGACAGCGCAAACCUAAGUGUAGUACCAAGAGAAUCUUGUCAACCCUUUUAGACAACACGGCACUCUUUGAUCUGGCCAGGUGCUGUGUUUGAAGAAGGGCCUGGGCCAUAUUUACAAAGCCUUUGUAGCUAGUAGUUGCUCCUAAACAACCAAUUAUGUUUUAAAUAUCAAUUUCACUCUGAACUUUAAAAAAAAUUAAAUGCCAUCAUAAUUCAAAGUUUGGUUAUGGAUAAUUACUGUUGGGCCCUAACCAACUGUCCUGUUGUUACAAGACAUGCCAAGCUUUUGAAUGUUUGGCCCUAUGAAACCUUACCCAGUGUCUAUGAAACCUUACCCAGUGUCUAACAAAGGGAUUUGUGGCAGUGGCAUGCCUACUGGAAAGUCAUCAUUACAGAGACCAUUAGUUGCCUCUUAUCACACAAUGAGUGCGUUAGGCAACGGGCCAAGCCAUCAAAGCGUUAGUGUAGUCUUUCACUGCCCAAUUGUUACCUGCCAAUAUUUAGAAUUUGACCAAAAAUGUAUCAAAAGCAAGACGUGUACUCAGAGAUAUAACCACCACGGUAUUUUUAAUGAGUCAUGAUACGCUGGCAUGUCACUGAAACAUGAUAAGGAUUGAAAUCAUGGAUACCUCAUAACAUAAUAGUGAAUUGUUUUACUCAAGCAAUAUCUACUUUUAUUAUGCCAAUGCUUUUUUGUUCUUUGCAGACUUUUCAAAAUGUUAAUUUCCUUGUCAUACACUCACUGAGUUUUUCUUUAAUUUUAUACAGCAGAAUAUUAAGCUCCUGUGAUGAUGGAUUAAUUCUGUUCAUUUGUGUGAAAUAGGUUGGUUGUUUGAUGGCAUCAAGUGAAUAAUGCUACAAACGGCACUGAGCCAAAAGUAUGAACCAACCUGCUAAAAGUAGGUCUGUGCUUAGCUUCAGCUCGUAUAUAGAAAUUACUUCCUGUUUUGAUGUAUUAAUGAUGAAUGCUUUGUGAAUAGAGGCCCUGAAACAAUCAGUAGAAAGAAGAAACUAUUUGUAUAAACAACUGUCUUUAAAGGAGAUUUAAGCAGGAUGUGGUAUCUAUUGGGUACAUUUUGUGUCAAAAGAAAGUUGUCACCUACACUAAGAGACGAAAAAAUAUUUUCUUUUCUGUUUUUGUAUCUGAUAGAUGAGCAUGGUAUUUGCAGACUUUUGAUUGAUUUUAAUGUACACCUUAAUGUAGCCUCGAUUUGACUAAUUUAUAAUCCUCUAUCUUAAAGUAAAGGCUACAGCACAUAUUGUAAAAAGCUUGACCCCUAAUCUUUGUAAAGUUAACUGACUGUGCUGAUUCUGGGGGCUGGUUUCCUGGAACGAUUUUGAAUCUAUAUUUCUUCCCUCCUCAAUGACAUGUUUUAAUGUAUAGUCAUGGCUUUCUAACAGCUGGCCUGAACCAGCCCCUAAAGGUUUUUGCAUUGCGUUUUACAUCAUUCAAAAUUCCUCAUACCCUUUGGCAAAGACAAAUUGUCCAUUGAUCUAACCUUAUGGAUUUGGGGUGUUUUUCUUAGAUUAUACUUGAUACUAAAUGUCAUUUAUUUUUCAGGGCCGCAUGCACCUCUUAGUGCAUUCUGAAAGGUCCCAGUAUUUGCAGAAAAAUUCGUAUAUAAAUUUGAAUAUAUUCCCAGUAAAAGUAUUCUUUAGAAAAUUGUGGGACAUCUCAAAGGCAUACCGCCAUCUGGAUUUGAUUUGUGUAUGGGCCAUUUCGUACAAUUUACUACACUCCUUUAAGCUCACGCUCAUCUUUGUGUGGUAUCAGCCGACAAACACAAUGCGUUUUAGUUCAUUAAACCCAGGGGAUGUUUUUGUGAAUAAAAUAGUGUAAAAUAUCCACUGUAAACACUAAUCUUCAUGACACAUAAUGUACAUAUUCCAGAUGGAAAGUUCAUAAUUAAAUAUUGGUUUUAUGAUUGAUGAAUUAGCCUUAAAUGACGCAUCAAUAAAUCCAAACAGGCUUUGUUUCAAACAUAAA